UUUCGAAUUUUACAUAGCAACAACGAUCGCGGGCCACGGCAUUUCACCACUAUGCCACUGAGUUAAACACUCAGAAAGCAAUAAAUUGACUCAUAUGAUAUCUUUAUUCUUUCAAACAAUAUUUUUAUAAAUUACUAAAUAAUUAGAUCCAUAAAAACAUAAUAAUAAUGCGAUUACCUAGCCAUUUUACCUUAUAUAAUUCACGACGCAAACGCAAGGUUUAUAGAUGGCAAAUCUCAUAAAUUCUUCUCACAAAUUAUUAUGUGAGGUGGUGAGGUGUGCAACGGAAUAGCAAUCGAUGGUGAAAAUUCAUUAAUGCGCAUAAGCUUACAACUAACCACGAUCAUCGGUCAUGAUGGAUACGAUCAAGAAUAAGAAUAAAUUUAUUUUGUUCAAUAUAGAUCAAUAUCAAUCGUAUUUUAAGAGAACGCACAUUAUUAUAAUAGAGGAAAAUUUUAAUAAAACGAAGAUUAGUUUAUCAGAAGUAGUAGUAGUAGUAGGCAGAAGCAACUAACCGCCAAUGAACGUCAAUACGUAUUUAUAAACUAAUAAAUAAUAAAAAAAACAUUCGAUUACGAUAGUACGAUUUUGUUAAUUUUCAUCAAUAAAUCUAAUAAAAUUAUAUUGCUUGAAAGAAUCGAUAUAUCGAAAAGAACAAAUCGAUAUUUUAGUCAACAAGUUUAAUUCAAUAUGGUGGAUUGACAAGCAGCACAAUGCGCUUCAAAUGUCUCUUAUAUAUCUGUCAAAUGGGUACAUUUUUGUUAUCGAUUUAUAAAUAGAGUUUUAGCUUAAAAAUAAGUUUAUCCAACAAAAAUUCUAUUUUAAGAUUUAAAGCUUAUCACACCGUCGUGUCUUACAUACGUGAUCAGUUGUUACAGAACGUUGGAGUUAUGUACUGUAAAUAGUUUACGAUAGAUAAACAUUGGAACGAAAGAAUAUUCGUGAUUAGAACUAAUAUCUCGUAUAAAAUUACAUCAUGGUGGUGUAGUGUCUGUAGAGCCGGCUAAUGCGCCGCGAGAUUAGGUGAUUAAAUGUUACGGAGGUCCUUAUGAAUCACGAGGUUAAUUGAAAUUUCGCUGGUGGAGUAGUGUUCUGUGUUGAUACGCCGUGUCGUGUGUUAUCGAGUCGAGCUUUGGGGCAUUGACUUAUCUGAUAGGAAUCCGGUUAAAGUGACUAAUAUAUGAAAUGAUCGAGAGUGUUUCGCGACGUGCAUUUAGUAGUACUAGUGGUACAUACAAUGUGCGUGCCUCUGAACUUGCAAGAGAACGGAAGCUGAACAUCUUCAAUGUCACAGUACAAUUCUUGGAUGACACUCAGCAGUCGUUCCAAAUUGAGAAAAAAGCUAAGGGCAGUGUCUUAUUAGAACAAGUGUAUCAGCAUUUAGAAUUGAUUGAAAAGGACUAUUUUGGUCUGCAGUUCACGGAGAAUGGUUCACCACCAAAUGCUAUGAAUACUGAAAUAACACGUUGGUUAGAUAGCGGAAAGUCAGUUAAGAAACAAGUAGGAGCCAAUGCACAAUUCUGGUUAGCAGUCCGGUUCUACCCUCCUGAACCUUCACGCCUUGCAGAAGAGUACACUAGAUAUCUGCUGUGUUUGCAACUAAGAAAACUCCUCCUAGACGGCAGAAUGACAGCACCAAAGAAUACAGCGUUAUUACUGGCAUCUUUCACUGUUCAAGCUGAACUCGGCGACUACAAUGUAUCGGAACAUCCACCGAACUAUCUCUCGGAGCUAUGUCUCUUGCCGAAGCAAACCUCGGAAGACGAACGUCGUAUACGUGAACUUCACAAACUGCACCGUGGUCAGGCACCCGCGGAUGCUGAAGCGAAUUUUCUAGAACAUGCCAAACGAUUAGACUGUUACGGCGUGGAGUCGCAUCCAGCUAAGGAUUACAAUGGGAAAGACAUAUUUAUUGGUGUGACGUCAAUAGGAAUAGUUGUCUUCCAAAAUAACAUAAGAGUGAACACAUUCUCUUGGAGUAAAAUCGUAAAGAUUUCUUUCAAGAAGAAACAGUUUUUCAUACAGUUAAAGCGAGAACCAUCUGAAUCCUACGACACGGUAUUAGGGUUCAACAUGCGUUCCGGUCGUGCGGCUAAAGCUCUGUGGCGAUGCAGCGUGGAGAGGCACGGGUUCUUCAGACUGAGGGCACCUCGUAGACGCCCACUGCUGGGCGCUUUGGGCGCUCUAGCGGGAAUAACAGCGCCCACGGUGCCCAGAACUGAAACACAGGCGUUGGAAGAUGCGAGGAGAUCGCGCUCGUCUAACAGGAGUUUUGUUAGACGCAGCAGUUCCCGUAACCGCGAACGUUCGUCGGGUACAGCAUCCCCCGCGCAAAUGUCCGGCAUUAAUUCGACCGCCAGAGGAGCCCGAGUGACCGGACACACGGAGCCCCCGCCUAGGGCUGCGUGGACAGAUUGUCCGCCACCUAUAGAAGACGAGGGUGGUUUCCUGGAGCGUGCGUUGCGCGUGCCGCUCUCGUACGUGGACGAGUCGUCGUCCGGUUCGGAGUGCGGCGGCGAUGUGGCCGUCCGGCUGUGCGCCGGACCGGACGGCCGGUUCGGUUUCAACGUGCGAGGCGGCGGAACAGCGCCUGUACUAGUAUCCAGGGUGGCCGCUAACACUAGGACUCAGUUGCACGAGGGCGAUCAGGUGAUAUCAAUAAAUGGUAAUGAUGUAGACGAAAUGACACACGAACAAAUUGUACAGAUGAUAAGGAAUACUAGAGGGGUCCUCACUCUAGUCAUUAAGCCGAAUGCUGUCUACGAACCCGAAGACACGGGACCCGAAGAGCCGGCUGUAUGCUUCGUUCCUCUCGGUUCGGGCGAGUUCGAGGGAGACGCACUAGAACAAUCUAUGCUACUACUCGGCGACAGUUUAGCUAGUGGGGCAGCAUUGAAACAGUACGAGACUUUAUUGAGGAGAUUAGAUGAACCAGCCACUGCAGCAAAAUUACCACAGAACUUAAAUAAGAAUAGAUAUAGAGAUAUAGCACCAUGUAAGUAUUGA